AAUUCAAAAGUUGCGGCAUUCACAUUGUGCAAUAAUAAUAUUAUCGUAAUCGUUAUCGUUAUGUGCAAAUAUUUUACACAAAAAAAUAAUUUACAACAACAAAAAGUCACCAAAACAAAAUUAACAAAAUAAAUGAAAAUCAAUUCACAAUUUUUUCAAAAUAAUAAUUAAGUUAAUAAACAAUUUAAAAAUCAUAUGCCAAUAAUUUUAUAAUCAAUUAAAUAAACACAUUAAAAGAAAAACGUAAACACAUCGCCACUGAGAAUUUUGGACUUAGGGAAUAUCAAACGAAAUCUUAUUAGACUGAAUACAAGGACAAUUGGAAUAUUAAUUUUAAGAUUUUGAAUGAUUUACAACACAAAAUGGAACUGCAUCAACGACAUCUCUCCAACUUUUACAAAUUGCACAAAUAAAUGUUAGACGAAAUUGCAAUAACUUGAGAACACAUUGCAUUGUGAUUGCAAUCGAUUAAUCCGAUAGCGCGAGCGAGAUUAAUCAUUAAGAAAGACACAAAAGCAAGAUGCCCAACAUGUCAAGCAUCAAGACGGAGCAAAGUGUGUCGCCAGGUGCCAGCGGAGGUAGCUACCAGCUGCCCGUGAACAUGUCCUCCACGUCAUCCUCUUCCACCCGCCACAAUGUCUCGGUGACGAACAUCAAGUGCGAGCUGGACGAGCUGCCGACACCGAAUGGCAAUCUGGUGCCCGUUAUAGCCAACUACAAUAAUCACAACAAUCACAGCAUCAAUCACAGCAUCAACAAUCACAAUCAUGGCGGCAGUCUGCGCAUUCCGCUCGGCCUGCAGUCGACCAAGGAGGAUGAAUCCGACUCCGAGCCGGAGCUGGCGAACAUUGAGAAUCUGCAAAAGGUGCGUCGUCGGGCAGCCGACAAAAAUGGUCCGCGACCCAUGUCCUGGGAGGGAGAGCUCAGUGAGCCGGAGACGGGUGCCGACGAGGAGCUGAUGGAAACGGAAACGGUCAUCAAAAGCGAAUCGAGUGGCGGCCAAGUUGCAGCGAUGAUGCAGCCCAUCAAAACAGAGCUGGAGCACAUAGCUGGCGAGCUGCAGCUGCAGCAGCAGCAGCAACAUCAACUGCAGCAGGAGCAACAUCAUCUGCAUCAUCAUCAGCAACAUCAUCUGCUGCAACAUCAACAGCAGCAACAUCAUCAACAGCAUCUGCAGCCCAUCAAGCAAAACUUUGGCCAACAGCAGCCCAACAAAUUGAAGCUGGCACCCACGCAAAGCGAUCCCAUCAAUCUGAAGUACGAGCCAACGACAUCAUCCUCGACAUCGUCGCUCUGCGAUCGCAGCAAGUCCAGCAGCGGCGGCCAUCUGCCGCUGUUGCCUGCCAAUCCCAGUCCAGACUCUGCCAUACAUUCCGUCUACACGCACAGCAGCCCAUCGCAGUCGCCGCUGACGUCGCGCCACGCCCCCUACACGCCCUCGCUGAGUCGCAACAACAGCGACGCCUCACACAGCAGCUGCUACAGCUACAGCUCCGAGUUCAGUCCCACCCAUUCACCCAUCCAGGCGCGUCAUGCGCCACCCGGAGGCGCCUCGCUGCUGCCCGCCGCCACGGCAAGCAGUUAUGCCAAUGGAGGAGGGGGAGGCGGAGGUGCUGCUGCUGCACUGCAUCAUCAUAGCGUGCUGUAUCGUCCGCUCAACGUGGAGCCAACGAACGCAGGCAACUCAGCAGAAGCACAAAAUCUCAGCAUGGAUGCCACAUUGGACGCCACGGCUGCGUUGCCUGCCUCGCCGGCGGGCAUCUCACGGCAGCAGCUGAUCAAUUCGCCGUGUCCGAUAUGCGGCGACAAGAUCAGCGGCUUCCACUACGGCAUCUUCUCCUGCGAGUCAUGCAAGGGCUUCUUCAAGCGCACCGUUCAGAAUCGCAAGAACUACGUGUGUGUGCGUGGCGGUCCCUGCCAGGUGAGCAUCUCGACGCGAAAAAAGUGUCCCGCCUGCCGGUUCGAGAAGUGCCUGCAGAAGGGCAUGAAGCUGGAGGCCAUACGCGAGGAUCGCACACGCGGCGGUCGCUCCACUUAUCAAUGCUCCUACACGUUGCCCAACUCGAUGCUCAGUCCGCUGCUCAGUCCAGAUCAGGCAGCUGCCGCUGCAGCAGCGGCCGCCGUUGUCAACCAGCAACAGCAACAUCAACAGCAGCACCAGCAGCAACAUCACCAGCGUUUGCAUCAGCAACAGCAGCAGCAGCAGACGGCACAGCAGCAGCACGGACCACUCAACGGGUUUGGCGGUGGUGCAGGAGGCGGUGGCUGCAGCGGUGGCAGCAGCGUUGGCUCCAACUCCCUCCCCGCCAGCCCCAGCCUGGGCACUUCCAUCAAGACGGAGCAAACGGAGCCGCUUAAUCAUCAUGCGACGCGAGCCUCAAGCAUUCCAUCCCUCUUGCAGGAAAUCAUGGAUGUUGAACAUCUCUGGCAAUACACCGAUGCUGAAUUGGCACGCAUCAAUCAGCCGCUGUCUUCGUUCGCAUCUGGCGGAUCUUCGUCGAGCUCUGGCGGCGGAUCGGGCACAGGCGGACAUCACACUGCCAAUGCACAACAGAUGACCAAUCCACUGCUGGCCAGUGCUGGUCUCUCAUCCAAUGGCGAGAACGCCAAUCCCGAUCUAAUCGCCCAUCUCUGCAAUGUUGCCGAUCAUCGCCUCUACAAGAUUGUCAAAUGGUGCAAGAGUCUGCCGCUCUUCAAGAACAUCUCGAUUGACGAUCAGAUCUGCCUGCUAAUCAAUUCGUGGUGCGAGCUUCUGCUCUUCUCCUGCUGCUUUCGGUCCAUUGAUACGCCCGGCGAGAUCAAGAUGUCACAGGGCAGAAAGAUAACGCUGGCACAGGCAAAAACCAAUGGCUUACAGGCUUGCAUUGAGCGCAUGUUGAAUCUGACGGAUCAUUUGCGACGUCUACGCGUUGAUCGCUAUGAAUAUGUUGCCAUGAAGGUAAUCGUGCUGCUGCAGUCCGAUACCACGGAGCUGCAUGAGGCGGUCAAGGUGCGCGAGUGCCAGGAGAAGGCGCUUCAAGGACUGCAGGCAUAUACGCUGGCCCAUUAUCCCGAUACGCCGUCCAAAUUUGGGGAGCUAUUGCUGCGCAUUCCCGAUCUACAGCGCACAUGUCAGUUGGGCAAGGAGAUGCUGACGAUCAAGACCCGCGAUGGUGCCGACUUCAACUUGUUGAUGGAACUGCUGCGGGGAGAACAUUGACAAAUGGAAGGCAAUCGUCGCCGUGCCAGGGGCUAAGGCGUACAAGUUUUAUAUGCUUAGUAUUAGUAUAUCUAUGCUUAGGGUUAAGUACUCGAUGUGUAAGCUCUGAAAACAUGUGCCUAAAAAAUGGACCCACGUCCGCAGAAACAGCAGCAACAACUUCAACAACAAACAA